AUGGAAGGAGGGACGAGCCAGUCUGACCCAGGGGGAGGUGGAUGGGUGAGGACAUCAGAGCCCAGGUCCGUCGUGCCCGUCUCCUGCAGCACGGGGCGCAGAGGGCAGAGAGCUGGGUCUGAGCAGGGUUUCCCCCCGUUCCUCUCUCCCUCGCUGCCUCCGGCAUUGUUUAGCAUUAGCACAGCCACUCCCACACCAGGGCUUGGUUGGCGGGGGGUCGGGUGCCGCCCCGAGAGCCCCUCGUGGCCCGCGGGAAGGAGAGGGUCCCACAACCCCGCUUGCGGCGCUGAGGCCCGGCUCUCUCUUCCACGCAGGUGGGUGGGCUACGAGUUCCCCGGGUACCGGGGCCGCCAGUACGUCUUCGAGAAGGGCGACUACCGCCACUGGAACGAGUGGGACGCCAACCAGCCCCGCAUCCAGUCCGUGCGCCGCGUGCGCGACCAGCAGUGGCACCCGCGCGGCUCCUUCGAGCACAGCUGA